UUCCAGCUGCUGACUCUGCCACUUUGAUUCAGUAUCAGAGGAGGAGAGAGGCAAGAGCACAGCACCACGAUAUGGCUGGUAAAAUUCAGACUCUGACAAUGGAAGAGAGGGAGCAGCUCCUGCCCAUGAUGCGCAGUGCCCAGUGGGUGGAAGUGGUGGGUAGAGACGCCAUUUAUAAAGAGUUCAUUUUUAAAGACUUUAACCAGGCCUUUGGGUUUAUGUCCAGAGUAGCACUACAGGCUGAGAAAAUGGACCAUCAUCCUGAGUGGUUUAAUGUUUACAAUAAGGUUCAGAUCACUCUGAGCACACAUGAGUGUGGAGGGCUCUCCCAGCGUGACAUUACUCUCGCCACUUUCAUUGACCAGGCUUCAGUUCUCUAAGAGGGAACCUCCUCAUCCAUCGAACUGCUGUAGGCAUCAGAUUAUGCGACCAGUCUUCACAGAUCUGUUCCUGCUGUUCUAGAAAUAUUCAGUAUUUUAGGUUCCAAACUUGGAGUGAGAAUUUGCUUUCCUACUGAAAAUGACUUAUUGGCUGUUACUGUCGCUCCUGUUACAGACAGUACAGGUAAAUCAGUGCCUGUGAUCAUUCCACAGUUAUUGUGAGAGACAUUCCAUAAUAGCCACAGAUGGCUGGUUAAAAACAGAGUUGGGUUGCGUUUACCAGUAUUUUUACUUCCAGCCUUCAACCCAGCAUUUUCUUUCUUCUUGAGACUUUUGUGCCUUUAUUUUCUAUGUGGUAAAUAAUGCUGUUUAUUUUUUUGGACAAAUCUUCUUUUAGCACAUUGUUUGACAGUGAAGUUCUCUAUUCAAAAUAAAGUGUGUGAGAUUUUAA